AUGAGGAUGCUACUAGAAAGCAACGAUACUCCCAUCUCUUGGGAAAUUUUCAAGAUGAACUUUUAUGCCGAAUACUUCCCUGAUAGUGUUCGGUUUGCUAAGGUGGUGGAAUUUCUUGAAUUGAUUCAAGGAGGGAUAAAGUUUGAGAAUGGAUUGAGAGGGGAUCUCAGGUUGAUGGUUGCUGGUUUAUGUAUCAAGGAGUUUCCCUCUUUGGUGGAAAGAGCCAAGGUCUUAGAGAAGACCAAGAUGGAAUUGGAUAGACAACAAAGGCAACAGACGAAACUUGGAGGAUCAAUUUCCUCCAGGAGUGGUCUCGGUACUAGGAAGAUUCCUUACACACGACCUUCUUCUUCAAGAUAUAGAGGGCACUAUGAGAGAGACUAUAAUUUGGGAAGAAGAGCCAGUGGUCAACCACAACAGGCAGGAAGGUUUCAGCCAAGAGGUGAUGGUGGUGGUGGAAGAGCUCAGGCUGUUGGUCGAGUAUAUGCACUAACAGGAACAGAAGCAGCAAGUUCAAGUAAUCUUAUUAUCAGUUCUUGCUUGCUGUAUGGAAUAUCUUGUUGUGUGUUUUUUGAUUCGGGGGCAACACAUUCCUUUAUCUCGAAGGAAUGUGUUGAGAAGUUGGGAUUGUUAGUAGAUGAGCUUCAGUUUGAUCUGGUGGUGUCAACCCCAGCAGUUGGGAAGUUAGCUGCCAAUCGCAUUCUUAUAGAUUAUGGUGAGAAGAAAUUAUUGUUUCCAGAUGAAGAGCAACAUGAGUCAUUGGCAAUCGGUCAGUUGAGGCAGGAUAAAAUGGAAGGUGCUAGUUGCUUCUUGAUACUAUCUCAUUUGGAAGUGGUAAAGGGUGAGCAGAGUUUGGACCGAUCGGUGCAGUGUAAGCAGAGGAUAGAUCGUUCGGUCGUAAAUGAAUUUCCGAACAUUUUUCCUGAAGAUAUACCUAGUUUGCCUCCUCCUAGAGAAGUGGAAUUCUCAAUUGAUUUGGUGUCAAGAGCAGAACCAGUAUCUAUAGCACCUUACAGAAUGGCUCCAGCGGAGCUAGCUGAACUGAAGAAGCAAAUUGAAGAGUUGAUGGAUAAACAAUUGAUUCGGCCAAGUGUAUCACCAUGGGGUGCUCCUGUGCUGCUAGUUAAGAAGAAAUAUGGUAAUUCUCGGAUCUAUAUAGAUUAUAGGCAGCUGAACAAAUUGACAAUUAAGAAUAAGUACCCUUUACCAAGGAUUGAUGAUCUGUUGGAUCAAUUAUAUGGGGCUACUGUGUUUUCUAAGAUAGAUCUGAGGUUUGGAUACCAUCAGAUUUUAGUUAAGGAGGGAGAUGUGCAGAAGAUAGCCUUUCGGUCUCGGUAUGGCCAUUAUAAGUAUGUAGUAAUGUCGUUCGGUGUUACUAAUGCUCCCGCUAUAUUCAUGGAUUACAUGAAUCGUAUCUUCAGACCAUUCCUAGAUAAAUUUGUUGUCGUCUUUAUAGAUGACAUUCUUAUUUAUUCUAAAACUCAUGAAGAACAUGAGGACCACAUCAGGAAGGUGCUCGGUGUGUUAAGAGAGAAGAAGCUUUAUGCUAAAAUGUCCAAGUGUGACUUUUGGAUGGAUGAGUUUCAGGUGUUUAGUGAUCACAAGAGCUUGAAGUAUCUUUUUGAUCAAAAGGAACUAAACAUGAGGCAGAGAAGAUGGAUGGAAUUCAUAAAAGAUUAUGAAUUUGAUUUACUUUACCAUCCUGGAAAAGCUAAUGUAGUAGCUGAUGCCUUGAGCAGGAAGACCGUGCAUGUGUCUGCAAUGAUGGUCCGAGAAUGGAAUUUGAUUGAGAGCUUUAGAUACUUGAAGCUACAAGUUGAGUUAGAACCGAACAAUAUCAGCUGUUGUCGCUUAAUAGUAGAAAGUGAACUGUUGAGCCGAAUACGAGAGAAGCAAUCGGUAGAUGAAGGCGAUGAGUGUUCAGUGAAACAAGCGCUAGAAGGUGAAGAUCCUGCAGCUUAG